AUUUUAGUUGUAUCGAUUAAAAAUAGAUGGCGCUACUUCGAUGACAUUUCGCAUUGUUUUUCUAUUUCGUAAUCAAAUUAAAUCCAAAGUAACCUAAAACUUGAUGUCAAAAUGGACAAAGAAACGAUUUAAAAUCAUUAAUAAUCGUUGCGAUUAAUUAAAAUAAGAUGAGAGGCGAUAAUCGACCGAGUACGCUUUACGAAGCCCCACACGAAGAUGAUGGCCCCAAUUUAAACUAUUAUUUCAACGGAAACGAUGAUCAAGUACAAAUAUUAUCGACGUCCCGUAAAAAACCGUUUACUAAAGUCCAAUAUAUUCCUAUGGUUAUACUCGGAGUUUUGACUAUAUUGAUAUUUUUCGUUCCGUUAUUAGAUCAGGUAGCACAAAAUGCUUUGCACAAAGUUAAUAAUAAAAUUAGAAACAAUUCUUGUCCAGAUACUUGUAGUUUUUCUUUAGUUGAAAGUAUCCCUGAUGGAGUUUUUUAUAAAAAUAAUUCGCCGAUUUUCCCCACAACGUUUGAUACUUGGAAAAGUUUGAUUGAAAAUGCGCAAAAAUCGAUUGAGAUAGGUUCGUUUUAUUGGACUUUAAGGGGCGUUGAUGUUAUUCCACAUCCAACAGCUAAACAGGGAGAAGAAAUUUUCCAAGCUUUAUUAGAUGCAGGAUCAAUUCGAAAAAUUAAAAUUCGAAUUGCUCAAAGUGCCCCAGAUCCAAAUUCAAUCAGCAAUGAUACAAAUAUUUUAGAGGAGAAUUCCGCGGAGGUUCGCUCUGUUAAUUUUACCCAAUUAUUAGGAGGUGGGGUUUUGCAUACUAAAAUAUGGAUUAUUGAUGAUGAGAAUUUUUAUAUUGGGAGUGCUAAUAUGGAUUGGAGGGCUUUAACACAAGUGAAAGAGAUGGGGGUUGUUGGGAGAAAAUGUCGGUGUUUAGCAAAGGAUUUAAAAAAAAUUUUUGAUGUUUAUUGGGAGUUAGGGAAAAAUGCAAUAAUCCCAGAUCAUUGGGAUAAUAAAUUUAGUACCAAUAUUAACAAGGAGAAUCCAAUUAAAAUUUUUGAUACCAAAAAUAUUACUUAUACAGGAUUUCUAUCAAGUUCACCUUUACAAUUAAACCCUCAAGGUCGUACAAACGACAUCGAUGCUAUAUUAAACACAAUUCAAACGGCGAAUAAAUUCAUUUACGUCGCAGUUAUGGAUUAUUUACCUCUAAUUUUAUACACAAAAAGGAUUCAAUUCUGGCCAGUCAUCGAUGACGCUUUAAAAUCCGCUGCAAUUAACGGAAUUGAAAUAAAAAUGCUAAUCAGUCAUUGGAAGCAUUCGCGGGAUUCUGAAGAUAAUUUUUUAAAAUCACUUUUAAUUCUAAAUGAGUCAUACAAAUGGGUUUCUAUUGAAAUUAAACAUUUCGUCGUUCCAACGUCGGAGGAUCAAGAAAAAAUCCCUUUCGGGCGUGUAAAUCAUAAUAAAUACAUGGUUACUGAUAAAACGGCCUAUAUUGGGACUUCAAAUUGGUCCGGGGAUUAUUUCAUAAACACAGCGGGAGUUGGAUUUGUUUUUGAGGACGAUAAAAACCAAACAAACACCGAAAAUUCAAUAAGGAGCCAAUUACAAAGCGUUUUCGAACGAGAUUGGACUUCUAAUUACACAAUUCCCAUUCAAACUUUAAAGCUUUAACUUAAUUUAAUAACUUUUUUAAUUAAUUAAUUAAUAAAGUGGGACUAAAACUGA